AUGAAUAUCAAUUCAACUUUCAUACCUGAUAAACCAGGCGAUAUAAUUAUUAGUUAUUCAAUUCCAGGAUUAGAUCAACCAAUUCAAAUUCCUUUCCAUUCAUUAGAUUCAUUUCAAACCGAUCAAGCUAAAAUAGCUUUAGUCAUGGGGAUAACUAUUGGGAGUUGUUCAAUGACAUUAAUUUUUUUGAUUUCUAUAAUGUAUAAAACUAAUAAAUUAACAAAUUUAAAAUUAAAAUUAAAAUUAAAAUAUAUCUUGCAAUGGAUAAAUCAAAAAAUCUUCACCAAAAAAAGGAAUGACAACAAACAACAACAACAACAACAACAACAACAAAUUGAAUCAUCAUCAUAUAACAAUACUACUACUACUACGCUGGGGAGUUAUAAAUUAUUUUUAUUUUAUCUUAAUUCAUUGAUUUUAUUAAUUGGUAUUAUUCGAUCAGGUUGUUAUUUAAAUUAUAAUUUAGGUCCAUUAAAUUCACUUAGUUUUGUAUUUACUGGUUGGUAUGAUGGAUCAUCAUUUAUAUCAUCCGAUGUAACUAAUGGAUUUAAAUGUAUUUUAUAUGCUUUAGUGGAAAUUUCAUUAGGUUUCCAAGUUUAUGUGAUGUUCAAAACUUCAAAUUUAAAAAUUUGGGGGAUAAUGGCAUCAUUAUUAUCAAUUGGUUUAGGAUUGAUUGUUGUUGCCUUUCAAAUCAAUUUAACAAUUUUAUCUCAUAUUCGAUUUUCCCGGGCUAUAUCAACUAACAGAAGUGAAGAAGAAUCAUCAUCAUCAUUAUCAUCUGAUUCGGUUGGGUAUGUGAUUAAUUCAAUAUGGAUGGAUUUACCAACAAUAUUAUUUUCCAUUAGUAUUAAUAUAAUGACAAUAUUAUUGAUUGGUAAACUUAUAAUUGCUAUUAGAACAAGACGUUAUUUAGGAUUGAAACAAUUUGAUAGUUUCCAUAUUUUAUUAAUUGGUUUCAGUCAAACAUUAAUUAUUCCUUCAAUUAUUUUGGUGGUUCAUUAUUUUUAUUUAUCACAAAAUAAAGAUUCUUUAUUACAACAAAUUAGUCUUUUAUUGAUUAUUUUAAUGUUACCAUUAAGUUCUUUAUGGGCUCAAACUGCUAAUAAUACUCAUAAUAUUAAUUCAUCUCCAAGUUUAUCAUUCAUAUCUCGUCAUCAUCUGUUUGAUAGUAGUCGUAGUGGUGGUUCCAAUACAAUUGUUAGUAAUGGUGGUAGUAAUGGUGGUGGUGGUGGUGGGAAUUUCCCUGUUUCAGGUAUUGAUGCACAAUUACCACCUGAUAUUGAAAAAAUCUUACAUGAAGAUAAUAAUUAUAAAUUACUUAAUAGUAAUAAUGAAAGUGUAAAUGAUGGAGAUAUUAUCAUUAAUGAUGAAGGUAUGAUUACUAAACAAAUCACCAUCAAAAGAGUGUAA